AUGGUAAACUGGCUCAGUCUCGCCGUGCCGUUCGCCUACCUAGGUGUCCUGAUCGGCUCCCUAGCAACCUUCUCCUCAUUAUACCGCAAGCGCAAAGCCCAAAAGGCGUACUCUCUAGAACCAUGGUUCCCUGCUCACCUGCAACGAGAUAUCUACUUCUCCCUUCUUCACAUUGACCCGCCUACCACCUCCUCCAAGGAGAAGAAGGCGCCCGCUGUACCUGAGUCGGUGCUUAAGGCUGCGCUUUUAAGACGUGCAGAGGAGGAUAUUAAGCGGGUCUUGGCCCUGCGCAGUCAGAAACAGGCCUUGUCUGUGCUGCUUCAGCGCGGUAGUGUGGGUGAUGAUUUGUGGCAACGGUUUCAGAGGGCGGAGAAGGAGAUGGAGGAUGAAGUUCGCGAUGUUGUUUCUGAGGCCAACGCAUAUGUACCCGGUUGGGGCCAAACGAUUUUCCAGUCUGCCAAUGAGAUGAUGAACAACACCCUCUACCGCGAGCGCAUCGCUGAACAGCAGGCUAAGUUGGACGAGGAACGUCAAUGGUGGGAAAAGAAGAGAGCCAGCAUCAAGGAAGGAUUCAUGAAGGAAUUGGACGCCGAGGACUCUACUUCGACCGCACCUUCACAGAAAACCGAAGCUCCGACUGACACGACUCCUACCACGACCAGCAACUCCACCCCUGCAACAAAGACCCCCGAUUCAUCUGGUGCGCCGUCCUCGGUAACUGGAAGCGACGACGAUGCUGUUUUGGUCGAGGCUGACGAGCAGCCGGGGAGUCCAACGUCCCCAAGCAAGAAGAAGAAGAAGGGCAAGAAAUAA